CAACUCUCCUCUCCCCCUCUCGUCCUCGACAAUUUCCUCGAUUCCCUCCCCUCAGUUGAUAUUUCCCAUUCCGCGUCUUCUUGGUCAUAUCAUGUUGUCUCUCACUUUUUCUAACGCUUUGUUCUCCAUUGAUCUAGAAUUACGACCCUGAUCCUACCGAUCUCCACUGACUUGUCUACCCCCCACAAGUCCCCCAACCACAACCUCCACACAAAAUCCGCUCAAUCCUUCUUUCCCUACCAUUUUUCCCGUCCUGUCGAUCAAUCUGACGUCCGCGCACAACUAUGGAGGUGGCCGAAAGCAGAGAGCCUGUUUCGGUGGGUGCGCCAGCUGGAGCAGACUCUGCUGUUACCAAUGGCGAACAGAACCUCCUUCUGGAUGAUUCAUUCAUGGGAGAUGAUAGAUCCAGCAGUCUGAGUGAAAUCGAUGACGUAUCUGAAAAUAUCCCCUCCGAUUACGAGUCCCCGAAGCCCGAGAAGGUGGCGCCGGAAAACGACUCGGAAGCGGAAACGGAGCGCAUCGAGGACUCGCCAAAUAUUCGCUCCAAAACAAACAUCGUCGUAAGCGCGGCCGGCUAUGAGCCGAGUCCUAGCAAACUGGCUCAGUCGACGACAUACGAUGAUGUGGAAUAUGAUGAAGAGCAGGUGGCAGAUGAUUCGCCCAGCAAGCCUCGCGCCAAAAGCACCCGGGCCGCUGAAGUUGCCGAUGAGACGCCUGGGAUGGAGGAUUCUGCUCUUUCAGAAAGUACUGGCAAGAAGCGCAAGCGACUCGAGUCCGGCGACGAGGGGGGCACCGAGGUCGACGAAGAAGAGUUGCCGCCCCAGAAGCGCCGUGGCUCAGUCAAGAGCGAUCUAAGCGACCCUCCUCCGGACGAUAUCGUGCUCACUCCUGAACCAAUGGAGGAACCUCCCAAGACCACUGAGGAAGAUACCGCAGCCGACGAAAUCCCCGAGUCCACCCUACCAGCCGUUCCCACCAAAGGCAAGAGGGCCAAGAAGGGUAAGCGGAAGGGUCGGAAAACCAGAGAUGCCGAUGACGAGGUCGAUAACGGCGCGCUUGAGACGGGUGCAGAGGCCGACGACCUUGGCGAUGAUGAUACUGCAGAACGUGGUGAAGAUGCAGACGAUGGCGAGGCUGCCGCCAAACUUGAGGAAGAGUCCAAGAGAAUCUCUGCGAUGGACUCGUUAGCUGUAUUAGAACGGGAGUUUGCAACUUUACGAGACAAAAUCUACGACGAGAGGAUCUCAAAACUGAACCGGGAGUUGGAGAUGCUCGACGAGAAAAACCCGACACAUCCCGAAUACUUGCGGCAGCUCGAAUGCAUUGGGCGCUACCGCGAUACCAAGAUAAAAUACGAACAAACACUGUUUCAGUACCGGGUGAAGGCCCUUUUGAACAAGAGCAUGGCUGAGCGAGCUCAAGCACACAGCACGUUCUUUCAGCGGACGCGGGACAUUCGCGAAAAGCAUUCGAGCGCUAUCAGCAAGCAGUUCUACUCGAUCCAGCACGAUCGCUUCAAAACGGACGAGGUCAGCCCACAGCAUUACAUUCCGUUCCCGAUGCGCCGUUCCCAGCAGAUUGCCCACCAAACCGCGUACAAUCAAGAGGUGUCUAUCAUGGCGGGGGUUGCCAAAUAUGUUGGUUUCCCGGCUGCCCCGGCGCUGUCGGCGGCGCGGCCAUCCGAGCUUGACGAGGAUAUGGAGAAGAUGGGUAUCUCCAUUGAACCGAGGGUGCCCGUUUCACAAGCUCAACCCACGCUCCCACGGGGUGCCAUGCCGGCCAUGUCAUCGAGCGUCUACCGCACAGCCGCGGAGGAGGCUUUCCUGGAGCAGACCCCAUGGGCCAACCCGCAGCAUCCCAUCCAUCAGCAUCAGCAGAUGCCACAACGACCACAGAGCCGGGUUUUUGAGAACCCCCGGGCUCCUGUGUUUACGACUCCGGCCGCACAAAAACGGGUGGUCGAUAUCCAUGCCCCCAAUGGCUCCGCGUCCACGAUUGCCGAAAACUCCUCGGCGAACAACACCCCCUACGAUCAAGAACCGCAUCCUCAAAACCCUGGGCCGUUUGCCAAUCCUGAUUAUGAGGCCGAGCGGAGAUCUGGGUUCCGAUCAUUAAGCUCCUCCCCACUCGACGUACGCAAACCACACCCCGUGCCGUAUAAUAGUACCCUCGGCCACCGCUCUCCGCCCGGGCCCUCUCAAAAUGCGGCCUAUUCACCCUCCUCCGCGCGACUCGGACUCUUCCAGGCGGCUGCCUCCAAACGAGAUCCGUCCCCACCCCUUUCCUCCCGACCGGUCAACUCCAUCCAUCAGUCAGCGGGGAUCCUUGGCCCCGGGUCGAACCAGAUGGCGGCGCGAUAACCCACGUUGACUGAUAUCUCCGGGGGUGGGAUCCCCACAUCUCAUUGUACAGGGCUUCGCUUUCCGGUGUUGUAGAGUGUUUCUUCUAAUGUAUGUACGGAUUGGCAUGUAUGACUGGCAACAGGGACGAAUUCAAGUGAUCUAUUUUGCAAUUUGUGCGGGUUCCUAUCAAUGGCUGUUGAUAGGGACUGCUUUGGGCAUGUGUGAAUAUGGGCGAACGGAUGCAUCGGGGUUAAUACUUGCUGGGUUUGAUGUUCCACAAUCUUUUUAUCAUGUUUGACUUGGACUUGCUGUUUACGAUACAUACAUAUGCCACGGUGUGAUGUCUACCUACAGUUUCAUGGCGUUGUGGUAUUUGCUUGAGUGCGCGGUCAGCCGUGCGAGGAGGUUAGAAUAGAAAUAUCUUCACUGAUUGGCUCUCAUCU